GGUGUCCCCUAGCCGAGCGCUUCCUGCGAGCGCGGCGGAAGUGACGUGGGGGCGGCCGCCGGGAUGGCGGCACCGAAGGUGAAGCAGGACAUGGCUCCGCCGGGCGGGUACGGACCCAUCGACUACAAACGGCACCUCCCGCGCCGCGGCAUCUCAGGUUACAGCCUCUUCGCGCUCGGUAUCGGCAGCCUCUUGCUGGGCUACUACACUCUCAUCAAGUGGAACCGGGAACGCAGGCGGCUGCUCAUCGAGGACCUGGAGGCGCGGAUCGCCCUGAUGCCGCUGCUGCAGGCGGAGUCGGACCGCAGAACCCUCCGCCUGCUGCGGCAGAACCUGGACGAAGAGGCCAAAAUCAUGAAGGACGUUCCCGGCUGGAAGGUUGGCGAGUCCCUGUUCCACACCGACCGCUGGGUCCCCCCGACGUUGGACGAGCUCUACUACCUGCGCCCCACCAGCGAGUUGGACAACGAGAAGUUCGGGCUGCAGUACUACGUCUGACGCACCGGCACGGCACUUCCCGGCCUGCCGGCUUCCCCCGGCGCUGCGGGGUUUGGGGGGGGGGACCAGCGUGGGGGCGGCUGUUGUCAGGUGCUGCCUGUUCCAGUGUCUGUUAUUAAAACCACUCGGAUCCGCA